UUUGUUUUAGAGCGAGAGGGUAGUGGUGAGUGCGGAGCGAUGGCGCGUACGAAGCAGACAGCGCGUAAGUCGACAGGCGGGAAGGCGCCUCGUAAGCAGCUGGCCACCAAGGCGGCCCGCAAGAGCGCGCCGGCCACGGGCGGCGUGAAGAAGCCGCACCGCUACCGGCCCGGCACGGUGGCACUGCGCGAGAUCCGGCGCUACCAGAAGUCGACGGAGCUGCUGAUCCGCAAGCUGCCCUUCCAGCGCCUGGUGCGCGAGAUCGCGCAGGACUUCAAGACCGACCUGCGCUUCCAGAGCUCGGCCGUCAUGGCGCUGCAGGAGGCCAGCGAGGCCUACUUGGUGGGGCUCUUCGAGGACACCAACCUCUGCGCCAUCCACGCCAAGCGUGUCACCAUCAUGCCCAAGGACAUCCAGCUGGCCCGGCGCAUCCGCGGUGAGCGCGCCUGAGGCUCCUCCCCCCCUCCCCCCAACCCAAAGGCUCUUUUAAGAGCCACCACAUGCGCAAUAAAGGAGCUGUUAAAAGCUUUUCU